AUGUCCUUCUCCGGCCGUCGAGUUAGUAUUCUGCGUCCCUCCGCCACCCGGAGGUUCUCGCAAAGCAAGGAGCUUUCUGAAAAUGAACAACGGUCCGAGACUCACCGUCAGUUCCGAACCGCCCAUGAGGGCCACCGUCCUCAUGCGGGUCUCGAUGCCUCGCGUGCCUCAACGGGUGUUGUCUGGUGCACGGAGCGAGCCACGGAGCACGGAUACGCGGAGGAUCCCAACAGCUGGGCCAACUUGGGUCAGGGUGCCCCGGAAGCAGACGAUGAGAUUGAGGGUAGUUUCCCACGACCGACAAGCAUUCCGAUCACCUCGGCGGCUCGCGAAUACGGUCCGACCGCGGGAAUCAAGCCGUUGCGCGCAGCGGUCGCACGCUUGUACAAUGAACACUACCGUGAAGGGAAAUGUAGCCAGUACACUUGGGAAAAUGUCUGCAUCGUCCCGGGUGGACGUGCUGGAUUGAUUCGAAUUGCGGCAAUUCUGGGCAAUUCUUACCUGUCUUUCCCAAUUCCGGAUUAUUCUGCUUAUUCGGAGAUGCUGUCGCUGUUCAAGAAUAUUGCGCCCAUUCCCAUUCCGCUGUCCCAAGAGGACCAUUAUCACAUUCACCCCAACAAGAUCGCCGAAGAAAUUGCACGAGGCACCCAGGUGCUGCUUACUUCGAACCCAAGAAACCCGACAGGUCAUUUUGUGUCUGUGGAGGAAUUGGCUGAGAUCCAGGACAUUUGUCGUGACCGGGCGACUCUGAUUCUGGACGAAUUCUAUGGCGGCUACAAUUACACCACCGAUUGUGACGGGACAACGAUCAGUGGUGCUGCAAACGUGGUUGACGUUAACAAAGACGAUGUCCUUUUGAUCGACGGUCUCACCAAGCGCUUCCGCUUGCCUGGAUGGCGCAUUGCCUGGAUUGUCGGACCCAAAGAGUUCAUCGAUGCCCUAGGUUCGGCCGGUUCUUAUCUCGACGGUGGUGCCAACGUUCCCUUUCAAGAGGCUGCCAUUCCUAUGCUGGAGCCCUCGCUGGUUCGCACCGAGAUGAAGGCGCUCCAGGCCCACUUCCGUGAAAAGCGCGACUACGUCCUGCAGCGACUACACGAGAUUGGAUUCCGCAUGCAGGACGUCCCCCAAGCCACCUUUUACAUCUGGCUGGAUUUGACCUCGUUAGAUCCACCUCUGCCCGCCGAAGCCAAUAUCUCUGAUGGCUUGAACUUCUUCAAUGCCCUCUUGACGGAGAAGGUGAUUGUGGUCCCUGGUAUCUUCUUCGACUUGAACCCAGCCAAGCGUCGUGAUCUGUUUGACAGUCCCUGCCACCACUUUGUGCGCCUGAGCUACGGUCCCAAGAUGGAGGUGCUCAAGAUGGGUCUUGAUGGCAUUGAGCGCGUGAUCAAGCGCGCUCGUGAGACUGCUUACCCCAAGUGGGGAGAUGAGGUUGCCAUUCAGGACGACUAG